AUGGCAAAACGGAAGGUGGACACUGAGAACCGGGGGUUUCAAACAAGGUGGGAGUCGGAGUAUAUGUUCACGGAGGUAGCUGGAAAACCUGUGUGUCUUCUGUGUGGAGAAAGUGUGGCGGUACUGAAAGAGUAUAAUCUGAGACGACAUUAUGAAACGAAACACGCGGACAAAAACAAGAAUAUGGACAUGGAACAAAGGCUACAAAAGGCAGAGGAAUUAAAACGAGGCCUCAAAUCUCGACAGGCUCUGUUCAAAAAAGCCAAAUCACAAGGCCAGGCUGCUGUCAAGGCCAGUUUUAUUUUGGCAGAAGAGAUCGCUAAAUCAGCCCGGCCAUUUUCGGAGGGGGAUUUCAUCAAAAACUGCAUGAUUAAAGUUUGUGACGAAGUUUGCCCAGAAAAAAGGCAACUCUUUUUAAAUGUGAGUCUGAGCAGAAACACCAUUGCCGAGAGAGUAGACCAGUUGUCCAUCAAUCUAAAAGAGCAGCUUGUGAAAAAGGGAAAAGAUUUCAUUGCAUAUUCCUUGGCUGUGGAUGAGAGCACCGACAUUUCUGACAUUGCCCAGUUGUCAAUUUUCAUCCGCGGAGUGGACUCCAGCCUAAGCGUGACAGAGGAGUUUUUGGCUUUACGUCCUAUGCAUGGCACAACUACGGGGCAUGAUUUGUAUGAAGAGGUGUCAAGAUGUGUAAAUGAGAUGGAGCUGCCUUGGGAAAAACUCGUGGGUUUGACAACCGACGGAGCACCUGCGAUGUGUGGACACAGGAGCGGACUGGUGGCGAAGAUACGGGAAAAGAUGCAAGAGGAAAACGCGACAGGUGAGCUGACAGCUUAUCAUUGUAUCAUACACCAGGAAGCGUUGUGCGGUAAAGCCUUGAAAAUGGAGCAUGUAAUGAGCAUCAUCACGCGCACAGUUAACUUUAUCAGAGCCAAAGGUUUGAAUCACCGCCAGUUCAAGGCAUUUCUGACGGAGUUAGAAACGGAGCAUGGUGAUUUGCCUUAUCACACAGAGGUGCGAUGGCUAAGCCAGGGAAAGGUGCUUCAAAGAUGUUUCGAGCUUCGUGAGGAGAUUUGUCUGUUCUUGGACAGCAAAGGGAAAGACACAACACAACUCCGAGACGAAAUGUUUCUGUGUGAAAUGGCUUUUCUGUGUGACAUUACGAGUCAUCUGAAUGCAAUGAACUUGCAGCUGCAGGGUCGGGAUCAUGUCAUCUCUGAUAUGUACAGUACAGUGAAGGCAUUUAAAACCAAACUGACUCUGUGGGAGACGCAGAUGCGGAAAGAAAAUUUGAGCCACUUUCCCAGCUGCCAGACCAUGAAAGAGAAGCUCUCUACCAGUGCGUUCCCGAGCGCACAGUUGGCUGAUAAAAUAGGUAUGCUUGCCGCUGACUUUCGACGCCGAUUUGCUGACUUUGAAGCACAAAAAAGCAGGUUGGAACUGCUCGGUAACCCAUUUGCUGUUGACGUGGAAAGCUCACCACCAAACCUCCAAAUGGAGUUGAUUGACCUCCAAUGCAAUGAUGCACUGAGGGCAAAAUAUGCGGCAGUGGGUGCUGCGGAGUUCGCCCGUUUCCUCCCCGACACAAUGCCCCAGCUGCGCAUCCAGGCUGCUCAAACGUUGUCUAUGUUUGGCAGCACAUACCUGUGUGAACAACUGUUUUCUUUGAUGAACCUGAACAAAACAUCACACAGAAGUCGACUUACUGCUGAACACCUCCACUCAAUUCUGAGGAUUUCCUCAGCUCAGAGCCUUACCCCGAACAUUGAUGAACUUGUGGAAAAGAUGGGACACCACCAAGUAUCACCCUCAACCUCAAACAAGUGA